ACGUGUGAAUCGACCUCAUCUUUGAUUAGUAGGCUUUUAAAAUGGAAAUAUCUUUGAGCUACAUCUUGUUUAUAAUGUGGUAUCUUUGACUUUAAGGUUUUGUACAUGUAGUGACAUCGCGAAUUUGUGUAAGGUUGUGAAUAUUUUGGGAUGGGUCAAAACCAGUCGAGCGGUAGUGGUUCAGGUGGAGACAAGAAAGAUGACAAAGAUAAGAAGAAGAAAUAUGAGCCUCCCAUACCAACCAGGGUAGGGAAAAAGAAGAGAAGGACGAAAGGUCCAGAUGCAGCUAUGAAACUUCCCCAAGUAACGCCGCAUACAAGAUGCCGCUUGAAACUUUUGAAGUUGGAAAGAAUUAAAGACUACUUAUUGAUGGAGGAGGAAUUCAUUCGCAAUCAAGAAAGACUGAAACCACAAGAAGAAAAAAUUGAGGAGGAAAGAUCAAAGGUUGAUGAUUUACGAGGAACUCCUAUGUCAGUCGGAACGCUAGAAGAAAUAAUUGACGACAAUCAUGCAAUUGUUUCUACAAGUGUUGGCAGUGAACAUUACGUUAGUAUUCUGUCAUUUGUCGACAAAGACCAGUUGGAACCAGGAUGCUCUGUGCUAUUGAAUCACAAGGUUCAUGCCGUAGUUGGAGUUUUGUCAGAUGACACCGAUCCUAUGGUUACUGUGAUGAAAUUAGAGAAGGCCCCACAGGAAACAUAUGCAGACAUUGGAGGUCUGGACACUCAGAUUCAGGAAAUAAAGGAGUCUGUGGAACUUCCACUUACUCAUCCAGAGUAUUAUGAAGAAAUGGGCAUAAAACCACCUAAAGGUGUCAUUUUAUAUGGUCCUCCUGGCACAGGAAAGACACUCUUAGCAAAGGCUGUGGCAAAUCAGACAUCGGCUACCUUCUUACGUGUUGUAGGUUCUGAACUAAUCCAGAAAUAUUUGGGUGAUGGCCCAAAACUGGUUAGAGAAUUAUUCAGGGUUGCGGAAGAACAUGCACCCUCCAUAGUUUUCAUUGACGAAAUUGAUGCUGUUGGGACUAAACGAUAUGAUUCUAAUUCUGGUGGUGAAAGAGAAAUCCAGAGAACAAUGUUAGAGUUGUUGAAUCAAUUGGAUGGCUUUGAUUCAAGGGGAGAUGUGAAGGUUGUUAUGGCAACAAAUCGCAUAGAAACACUAGACCCUGCUCUAAUUCGGCCUGGAAGGAUAGAUAGAAAAAUAGAAUUUCCAUUGCCAGAUGAAAAAACCAAGAGAAGGAUAUUUAACAUACAUACAUCAAGAAUGACUCUUGCUGAAGAUGUUAAUCUCACAGAACUUAUAAUGGCUAAGGAUGACCUCUCUGGUGCUGAUAUUAAGGCCAUCUGUACAGAAGCAGGUCUUAUGGCAUUACGGGAAAGAAGAAUGAAGGUUACAAAUGAAGAUUUCAGAAAAUCGAAAGAAAAUGUUUUGUAUAGGAAGAAGGAAGGUACACCUGAAGGUUUAUACCUGUAAUAAGAACAUCAUUUGUUAUGUGAAGUCAAGAGUUCUCACCAUGAUUGUUAAUAAAACAUACACACUAUCCAUUUUGAUAA